UGUGUGUGUGUGUGUGUGAGUGCGCAUGUAUGCUUUGUGUUUUUCUAUAAGCACAUUUAUUAUAGUGUUACAAUAAUGAUAUGUCGUAGGCUUAUAUACACCAAGUCAAGCUGAAAAGAGGUGGAAUUACUUAAAGGAUUGUUAUAGGAAAGCCAAAAAGUUAUUUAAGGAACGACAAGCUCUUCAACAAAAAAGUGGCGCAGCUGGUGUAUCGAAAUCAGAAGCAAUCAUGCCGUCCUUUCGUCAUUAUAAUUUAAUGAUUUUUUUAAAUGAUACCUUAGAACAUCGACAAACUGUGACUUCUUUGAAAUUGACACCAGAUGAUCAACAAGCAUCUACAUCAACAGCAAACAUAGAUGAUUUGUAUGACGUGCGAUCAAGUGUAAACAAUGACACUUUGGAAUCCAGAUCAUUAUCUCCAUCUUCAGACUCCACUCCAAUAUCAGUGACAUCAAAAAAAAGAAAGAAAUCUAUUUGUUUGGAUAAAUAUGAAGAAGCUCUUGUAGAAGCGUUGAAAAAAACAAAGGAGCCAAGCCCGAUUGAUGGAUUUGUACUACGUUUAGCUGAAGGUUUACAGAGACUUUCAUAUAAACAAAGGUUAAAAUUAGAAAUAGAAAUUUUAACGAAACUCUACGAAAUUGAAGAGUCAGGAGAGGUUUAAACAGAAGAGCUUAUAUUCAGAAGAUCUUUUUAUAACUCGUAAUGUAAUAAAAAGGCUCUUAGAUAUUUCUAUAGCUAUUUGAAAACUACGACAUGAAAAACAAAAUAAUUAUAUGAUUGUUUUGCUAUUCAUAUCGAAAAAUAAUUUAGGUUUUCUG